CAAAAAGAGAAGAUGUGCAACAAGAUUAAUAAAGUAAAUUCUGAAGGAGAAUUAGAUAAAGAUAGAGACUCUGUAUCUGAAACAGCGGAUUUGAACAACCAGGAAACUGUCAAAGUGCAAAUACACAGCAGAGCUUCAGAAUAUAUUACUGAUGUCCAUUUGAAUGACCUGCCAUCAAAUGAAGGUGUUAAUCCACGAUUAUCAGGCACAAGCCCUCCUAAAUCAGGCAAUUUGUGGCCAGGAUUGCCACCCACACAUAAAAAAGUUCAAUCUGCAUUAUCUCCAAAGAGAAAAAAACAGCACAAGAAAUACCGAAGUGUUAUUUCAGACAUAUUUGAUGGAACAAUCAUUAGUUCAGUUCAGUGUCUCACUUGUGACAGGGUGUCUGUAACCCUCGAGACCUUUCAAGAUCUGUCCUUGCCGAUUCCUGGCAAGGAAGACCUUGCUAAGCUGCAUUCAUCAAGUCAUCCAACAUCUAUAGUCAAAGCAGGAUCAUGUGGCGAAGCAUAUGCUCCACAAGGGUGGAUAGCUUUUUUCAUGGAGUAUGUGAAGAGGUUUGUUGUCUCAUGUGUCCCUAGCUGGUUUUGGGGUCCAAUAGUAACCUUGCAAGAUUGUCUUGCUGCCUUCUUUGCCAGAGAUGAACUAAAAGGUGAUAAUAUGUACAGUUGUGAAAAAUGCAAAAAGUUGAGAAAUGGAGUAAAGUUUUGUAAAGUACAAAAGUUUCCUGAGAUUUUGUGCAUCCAUCUUAAAAGAUUCAGACAUGAACUGAUGUUUUCCACCAAAAUCAGUACCCAUGUUUCAUUUCCACUGGAAGGCCUGGAUCUUCAACCAUUUCUAGCUAAAGAUAGUCCAGCGCAAAUUGUUAACUAUGAUCUUCUGUCAGUCAUUUGUCACCAUGGAACUGCAAGUAGUGGACACUAUAUUGCCUACUGCCGAAACAAUCUAAAUAAUCUCUGGUAUGAAUUUGACGACCAGAGUGUCACUGAAGUUUCAGAGUCUACUGUACAAAAUGCAGAAGCUUAUGUUCUCUUCUACAGGAAGAGCAGUGAAGAAGCACAAAAAGAGAGGCGAAGAAUAUCAAAUUUGUUGAACAUAAUGGAACCAAGUCUCCUUCAGUUUUAUAUUUCUCGACAGUGGCUAAAUAAAUUUAAGACCUUUGCUGAACCUGGCCCUAUUUCAAAUAAUGAUUUUCUCUGUAUUCAUGGAGGUGUUCCUCCACGAAAAGCUGGUUAUAUUGAAGACCUGGUUUUGAUGCUGCCUCAGAACAUUUGGGAUAACCUAUAUAGCAGGUAUGGAGGAGGACCAGCUGUCAACCAUCUGUACAUUUGUCACACUUGCCAGAUUGAAGCAGAGAAAAUUGAAAAAAGAAGAAAAACUGAAUUGGAAAUUUUUAUUCGGCUCAACAGAGCAUUCCAAGAGGAGGACUCUCCAGCUACUUUUUAUUGCAUCAGUAUGCAAUGGUUUAGAGAAUGGGAAAGUUUUGUGAAGGGUAAAGAUGGAGAUCCUCCAGGUCCUAUUGAUAACACUAAAAUUGCAGUCACCAAAUGUGGCAAUGUGAUACUCAGGCAAGGAGCAGAUUCUGGUCAGAUUUCUGAAGAAACAUGGAAUUUCCUACAGUCUAUAUAUGGUGGAGGCCCCGAAGUUAUCUUGCGACCUCCAGUUGUUCAUGUUGAUCCUGAUGCAGUACAAGCAGAAGAAAAAAUUGAAGUAGAAACUCGGUCUUUGUAAUUCGGAGGAUAUAUAGAGUCCUGAUGAGAAAUCAUUUUCACUUCUCCUAGCAUAUUCCCUUGCAAAAACAUUCCUAAAAGCAUGUUUAUUUUCUUGAUUUUUAAUGUUUUAGCUUUUUUCCUUCUUACUGGGCAUUAUGGAAGAAUGUGUUAAAAUGUAUAAUAUUCUACAGGUUGGCAUAUUUAAUGCUAGAUAACUUAUAAAGUCUUUCAGUGUAAUAUUUUUGAAAGAGAGGGGAUAAUUGUGAUCAUUUGGCAAUCAGGUUAUCUUUGAUCUUUAUACUACAUGUAAAUCCAUAGUCCUUUGUAGCUUUGUAAAUACUUUUGCUUUGAAAACUUUUUCAUUACCGUAAACCACCAUAACUCUGACCAAUCUUUUCAGUUCUCUAAAAACCUAAUUUAAUUGUAUAGUUUUGACAUGGCUUCAUAUUAUAAAGAGCCUAUUUUAAAUUGAGUGUCACAGUCAGAAAGAUGUUGUUAAUUUCCUAAAGCUCAGGAAACUGUUAGGGUGUCACUUCUUUUGCACUGCAGCAUAUGAAUUAGCAUAUUAAUAUUUACAAAAUGUCUUUUUGAAUGUAGCAAUGAUGUAUUUAGUCUGAGUGCAAUUUGUGUCAGCAGAUAUUAAUAAUUUAUUGCCUCUUACACUGUAAAAUGUUAAAUUUCAGUUCCUAUAACCCUGAAUAGUGUUCAUUAAUAACAGUAAAAAAAAACUUUAGGGUUAGUUUUAGGGCACUUUUAUUUUGAGAGCAUGAAGUAUAGAAUGUGUUGAUAAUGCUGAAGCCUCUUGCAAAAUGAUUUUUUAAAUGAAAUGCAUAAAGUCUUUUUGAAUAACAUAGUAUGCACUGCUAUUUGCUUGAUUAUGUGAUGUCAAAAGUUUAAUUAUAUUCCAAGUACAAAAACAAAUGGGAUUACUUUGAGAAUGUUGAAUAGCAUUCACAGUGGCUUUGUUUUGGUCUGGGGCAGCUGCCACCAGCUAAAACAGUAUUAUUAAAAUCAGUUCAAUAAAAAUGAUUUAAAAAUUUA